AUGCAGUCGCUCAACAUCACCCCGGAGCAGUUCUCCCGGCUGCUGCGGGACCACAACCUGACGCGGGAGCAGUUCAUCGCGCUGUACCGGCUGCGGCCGCUCGUCUACACCUCGGAACUGCCUGGGCGCGCCAAGCUGGCCUUCCUGCUCACCGGCGUGCUCAUCUUUGCCCUGGCACUCUUUGGCAACGCGCUGGUGGUCUACGUGGUGACCCGCAGCAAAGCCAUGCGCACCGUCACCAACAUCUUCAUCUGCUCCUUGGCGCUCAGCGACCUGCUCAUCGCCUUCUUCUGCAUCCCGGUCACUAUGCUCCAGAACAUCUCUGACAACUGGCUGGGAGGUGCUUUCAUUUGCAAGAUGGUGCCAUUUGUCCAGUCUACAGCUGUCGUGACAGAAAUUCUCACUAUGACCUGCAUUGCUGUGGAAAGGCACCAGGGCCUGGUGCAUCCUUUUAAAAUGAAGUGGCAAUACACCAACCGAAGGGCUUUCACAAUGCUAGGUGUGGUCUGGCUGGUGGCAGUCAUCGUAGGAUCACCCAUGUGGCACGUACAACGACUUGAGAUUAAGUAUGACUUCUUAUAUGAAAAAGAACACAUCUGCUGCUUGGAAGAGUGGGCCAGCCCUGCACACCAGAAAAUCUACACUACUUUCAUCCUUGUCAUCCUCUUCCUCCUGCCUCUUACGGUGAUGCUUAUCCUGUACAGUAAAAUCGGUUAUGAACUUUGGAUAAAGAAAAGAGUGGGAGAUGGCUCGGUGCUUCGAACUAUUCAUGGAAAAGAAAUGUCCAAAAUAGCCAGAAAGAAGAAGCGAGCUGUUAUUAUGAUGGUGACAGUGGUGGCUCUCUUUGCUGUGUGCUGGGCACCUUUCCACGUCGUUCACAUGAUGAUUGAAUACAGCAAUUUUGAAAAGCAGUAUGAUGAUGUCACAAUCAAGAUGAUUUUUGCUAUAGUGCAAAUAAUUGGAUUUUCCAAUUCCAUCUGUAAUCCCAUUGUUUAUGCAUUUAUGAAUGAAAACUUCAAAAAAAAUUUUGUAUCUGCAGUUUGUUAUUGCAUAGUAAAAAAAACCUUAUCUCCAGCACGAAGGCGUGGAAAUUCGGGAAUUACAAUGAUGCAGAAGAAAGCAGUGUUUUCCCGGAGAGAGAACCCAGUAGAGGAGACCAAAGGAGAAGCCUUCAGUGAUGGCAACAUUGAAGUCAAAUUGUGUGAGCAACCAGAGGAGAAAAAUCAUCUCAAACGACAUCUUGCCCUGUUUAAUUCUGAACUUUCUGAGAAUUCUGCUUUAGGCAGUGGGCGUUAA